AUGUGCCAGGGAGGUGACUUCACACACCCUAAGUGCACUGGUGGCAAGUCCAUGUAUGGAGAGAAAUUUGAGGAUGAGAACUUCAUCCUGAAGAAUACAGGUCCUGGGAUGUUGUCUAUGGCAAAUCCUGGUCCAAACAGAAAUGGUUCCCAGUUUUUCAUAUGCACUGCCAAGACUGAGUGGUUGGAUGGCAAGCACGUGGUCUUUGGGAAGGUGAAAGAAGGCAUGAACAUUGUCAAAGAAAUGGAACACUCUGGGUCCAGGAAUGGCAAGAAGGUCACGACUGAUGACUGUGGACAACUCUAA